GAGCAUUUGAAACACAAUGACACCUCCAAACUCGGCGUUGUAUAUCACAUGUCUGUUCUUGACGAAUAUCGCUCCUAUGGACACUUUAUAUCAAUCAUCAUUACAUUUUCAAUCGGAAGAUGUUGGGGAAAGUGUGACUCUGCCAUGCGUCUGUGAUGAUGCAGCGCUGAAGUUUUUCUGGUAUAAGCAAACUCCGGGACAGAAACCAAAGCUGUUGUCUACAUUCUAUAAGUAUAACAAUAACGGCACCUUCCAUCAUGAAUUUAAAAACAAUCCACGUUUCUCACUGGAAACUGAAAGCGGUAAAAGUCACUUGAAGAUUUCAGAUCUGAAAAUUUCAGACUCAGCCAAUUACUACUGCGCAGAGAGCAAUUUGGUUGACUUUAAAUUUUGCGACGGUGUUACGGUCAGUGUCCAGGGUUCACGUUUGAACCUCCCAGUUUUGGUCCACCAGUCAGCAUCUGAUUCCAUCCAGCCUGGAGGCUCUGUGACUCUGAACUGUACAGUUCACACUGGGACCUGUGAUGAACAACACAGUGUUUACUGGUUCAAAGACUCUGAAGAAUCUCAUCCAGGACUCAUUUACACCCAUGGAGGCAGGAAUGAUCAGUGUGAGAGGAAACCCAACACACAAACACACACCUGCGUCUACAGCCUGCCGAUGAAGAGCCUGAAUCUGUCUCAUGCUGGGACCUACUACUGUGCUGUUGCCUCAUGUGGACACAUACUGUUUGGAGACGGGACCAAGCUGGACUUUAAGGAUGACAGGGGCUCUCUGGUCUUGGUGUAUUUUUUGAGUGGAGCUUUGGCGUUCACCAACAUCCUGGUUGUUUUACUGGCUUUCUCAGUGUAUAAGAUGAACAAAAGUCAAAGUGCAGAGCGUAAUGUAACAUUUUCAGCAAGUUCUACUCAGAAUACAGCGUUAUGUCAAGACGCAGAGAACCUCCAUUACGCUGCUUUGAGGGAUCACAACCGCAACAGAUCAAGAAGACCGAGGGACAACACCCAGACUGAAUGUGUGUACUCCGGCGUAAGGCCGUAGAGCUGGACAUGAUUCUGUGAACCAAGACAUCUGCUAUUGCUCCUGGAACAUCAACACUUAUGAGUUCCAAAAUGCAAUGAAUACAAAGGCUUGCUUUGCAAGAAAAGCUCUCCUACUGAAAAAAACACUGCAAGACUUUCACUGAUUAUACCAAAUAUAUAGAA